AUGAACAGCCCCUCCUACACGGGCGUUUGGGGGCAGAAUACCAGCGGCCUGUCCUCCCCUGUAUAUCCGGGCUCUACAUGCCUGCCCCAGGAAUCUCCGACGGAGUACCGGGUCGCGAUCGAAUCGGGGCCAUCUCAGCGCCCGUGGAAGUUCCUGGCGGCUGUCUCUUCAUAUCUGCUCCUUGUGGGAUACCUUGUGCUGCCUCUUUCGUUCAAUGAUUCAAAGUACAACGACCAUAUCGACAGAACAGGCGCCGCCGUGGCCGCGGCGGUGUUCAUUGGAGCGGGGUACGCUCUACCGAUCAUGCUCCUCGCUGUCCAGUUUCGCGACCGGCACUAUGUGAUCUACUCUCUGAUUCUACCUCAGAUACCCACCAACCUCCUAGGAGUCCUCAAUGCGCUCCUCAAUAUUUUCAUCCGGGGCCUACUCCCCAUCCACUCCAGAGAAGUGGCAGCGAUCGCUCUCCCCGGCGCCGUCGCUUUUUUCUGCACCCUUGCGGCAUUGAGUCUACACGCCUUAACCUCCAUCAAGAUCACCCGACGCAGUACCCCCAGUCGUGAGAAGGUUCUGCACACCGAGGAGGAACUACAACGGCAGCAGCUCCUUCGUCUUCUGCAGGAAAAGAACGGCAAGAGAGCCUCGAAGGGCGUGCAUAGUACUUUCAAGAUGAAGAUCUCAGGUCCGUGA